CUAUUUUAGGGCAAAAACAUCCCGUUCCGGAGGCGGAGCAGGGGGGGGGACACCCCUCUCUGCCCCCCCUCCGGGGGGGGGCGGGGUCAGUUGAGGACAGCGGGGGCGGGACCCAGGCGUCCGGGCCCCUCCCCCCUUAACUCCACCCCCCCAAAGGGACCCAGGCGUCCGGGUGCCCCCCCCCAUAGGGACCCAGGCGGCCGGACCCCCCCCAACACCGGCCCCCCCCAACGCAGGGACGGGGGGAGCCGGGGGAAGGGGGCGUGUCCUGGGAGGAGGCGGUGGCGGAGGGGGCGUGGCUUGGCGCGACCCGCGGGGCGUGGCUCGGCGCAAGGGGGCGUGGCUCGGAGGGGAGAUGGGGCGUGGCCUGGCGCAAGCUCCGCCCCCUCUCGCACCGGGACCCGCCGGCGCCGCCGCUCGCUCCCACUUCGCCGCCGCCGCCGCUGCCGCCGCCGCUCCCGCCCCGCCGCUGGGGGGCGCCCGCGCUCCUGCCCCCCCCCGCCAAGGGAAUUGCCCCCCCUCGGGAUCUGCCCCUCCCCCCCCGGGACCCCCUCCGGGAACUGCCCCCCCCCCCGGGAUCUGCCCCCUCCGGGAAUUGCCCCCCUCUCCCCGGGAAUUGCCCCCCCUCUCCCCCGGGACCCCCCACCCCGGGAACUGCCCCCCCCCCGAACUGCCCCCCCACCCUCCCGGGACCUGCCCCCCUCCUGGGAACUGCCCCCCUGAGCUGCCCCCCCCGGGAACUGCCCCGGGGGGGUCGCGGCCCCCGGGAGUUGCCCCCUCUCCUUUCCCGGUAACUGCCCCCCCUCUCCUGUAACUGCCCCCCCCCCGAGAAUUGCCCCCCCCGGGAAUUGCCCCCGGCGCCGCGGAGAUGCCGAGCGGAUUCCAGCAGAUCCAGAGGGAUGAGGAGGAGGACGCGGCGCCCCACGAGCCGGGCCUCACCCCCACGCUGGCCCUCUCCGUCUUCGCCGCCGUCCUCGGCUCCCUCCAGUUCGGCUACCACAUCGGCGUCAUCAACGCGCCCCAGAAGGUGCUGGAGGCCGAGUACAACGCGACGUGGCUGCGGCGCUGGGGGGUGCCGCCGGCCCCCUCCACCGUCUCCACCCUCUGGGCCCUCUCCGUCGCCAUCUUCUCCGUGGGCGGCAUGGCCGCCUCGCUGGCCGUGGGGCUGCUGGCCGACCGCCUCGGCAGGAAGCGGGCCAUGAUCGCCAGCAACGCGCUGGCCUUCGUGGGCGGCGCCCUGAUGGGCCUGGCCAAGCUGGGCCCCUCCUACACCCUCAUCAUCCUCGGCCGCUUCCUCGUCGGCGCCUACUCAGGGCUGGCCUCGGGGCUGGUGCCCAUGUACGUGGGGGAGAUCGCGCCCACGCGGCUCCGCGGCGCCCUGGGCACCCUGCACCAGCUGGCCAUCGUCACCGGCAUCCUGGGGGCCCAGGUGCUGGGGCUGGAGGCGCUGCUGGGCUCGGCGGGCCGCUGGCCGCUGCUGCUGGCGCUGGCGCUGGUGCCGGCGGCGCUGCAGGUGCUGCUGCUGCCCUUCUGCCCCGAGAGCCCCCGCUUCCUGCUGGCCGUGCGGCGCCACGAGGGCAAGGCCCGCGACAGCCUGGCACGGCUGGUGGGGGCGGGGGCGGCGGGGGCGGGGCUGGCGGCGCUGGGGGCGGAGCUGCGGGCGCCGGCGCGGGGGGGCCGGGUGGGGCUGGCGCAGCUGCUCCGCGCCCGCCGCUACCGCCAGCCGCUGCUGGUGGCCCUGGUGCUGCAGCUCUCCCAGCAGCUCUCGGGCAUCAACGCGAUCUUCUACUACUCGACGUCCAUCUUUGAGCGGGCGGGGCUGACCCACCCCGUCUACGCCACCAUCGGGGCCGGCGCCGUCAACAUGGCCACCACCGUGGUCUCGGUGUUCCUGGUGGAGCGCGCGGGGCGCCGGACCCUGCACCUGCUGGGGCUGCUGGGGAUGCUGGGCUGCGCCGUCACCCUCACCGCCGCCCUCAACCUCCAGGGGGGCGCGGGGGGCAGCGCGCUGCCCAGCUACGUGAGCCUGGCGGCCGUCUUCGGCUUCGUGGCCUUCUUCGAGCUGGGGCCGGGGCCCAUCCCCUGGUUCAUCGGCGCCGAGCUCUUCGGGCAGGGCCCCCGGCCCGCCGCCAUGGCCCUCGCCGGCCUCGCCAACUGGAGCGCCAACUUCGCCGUGGGCAUGGCCUUCCCCGCCCUCGAGCACGCCUGCGGCGCCUACGUCUUCCUGCUGUUCGCGGGGCUCCUGGCGGCCUUCGCCCUCUUCACCUACCUGCGGGUGCCCGAGACGCGGGGCCGCACCUUCGAGGAGGUGGCGGCCGCCUUCCGCCGCACGCCCUCGCUGCUCGACCAGGAGGUCAAGGCCUGCACCGAGCUCGAGUACCUGGGUGCCGAGGCGCCCGCCUGAGCGCUGCCGCGGCACGGCGCGGGGUGGGGGGGGGGCACCGGACCCCCCCCCCCCCCCCGAGCGCUCGCCCUGCUGUAAAUACGGACGCAGAGAGAAUAGGAAAAAAUUAUAUAUAUAUAUGUACACACACAUGCACUUUGGGGGGGGCCGGCUGCCCCCCAAAAUGGCUCAGGGUGGGGGGUGCCCCCCCCCGGGCGUAAAGGCCGACGGGAAAUGGGGCUCGCGCUCAGCGAGGGCGCCCAAAAUGGGGGAGAAAACCUAAAAAAAAAAAAAAAAAAAAGAGCCAGGUUGGGGGGGUGUCAGCCCCCCCCCAGCAAUGUGGGGAUUCUCCGGUGUCUCGUAUUGGGGUUGUGCUGCCGCUGAGGGGGUUGUGGGGGGUUAUAACCCCCUGGCAAGCACGGGGAAGGGGGACGCCGGCGCCGAGGGUUUGGUUUAUCUCCCCCAAAAGCGGCCUUGGGAAAGGGGGGGGGCGGGGGGGCAGGGAUUAAUCCGCCGCGGCCGGGAGCCAGGGCCCGGAUUCCUUGGCCCGGCGCCCCGGCGGAGUCACUUUGCGGUGACAUUUAGGUGCCAGCACGGGAGGGGAAUUAGCUGUCCCCGGGGCCGAGGCUGCCUCGGGUCAGGAAUUCGCCUCCGUCAAGGGCAGGCCGGCCCCGACACCCCCCCGGGACCCCCCCAGCCCCGUCUCCAGCAGCACAGAGGAGCCCGACGGGGGGAAACCGAGGCACCGGAGCUGCGCGGGGCCCUCGGACCGCGGAGACGGCGCCGUCGCCCCCGACUGCCCCUAAACCGCCGGGAAAGAGACCCAAAACGCCAGGAAAAAGACCCAAAACGCGGGCGAAGUCGGUGCAAAACCCCUUUACUCCACACGCAACCUGCACAGUGCUCCGGUGCCGCCGAGGGCAAGGAGAGGGCGAGAAACUUAAAUACCUUUCAACAACCAGUUUUCUCUCUGGACGGGGACUUCGGGGGGGGGGAAAACGGGGUUUUUUUUUUUUUUUUCUUUCCCUUUUUUAAACAAAGAUCAUCCGGUUUUGGGCCAAGAUCCCCCGCUGGCGGCCGCCGUGCAGAGCAAAGGGGCGUCGGGACGGGUGGAGGCGGCGGGACACCUGCGGACGAAGCGGAGCGAGCGUCGCGGCAGCCGCACGGACUCCGGCCCGGCCCCGCGGGGGCCCAGGCGUCCGGGAGGGAGGCGGCUCUCGAAACCCCCCUUUUCCGAGACUUUUUGGCUCCCCCCGAUUGCUAAAGAAAGCCGAAGCUGGCUCCUUACCCGG